AUGCUGGCACCACGCGCCGGUGCGGCCAAAGGGCCACAGGCACCGGGGCAUGCUGCCCAGAGGCAGAGCGCCAGGGGCCGGGGCGCUGUCCGCGGUGCUGAACACGGGCCUGGGCAUGCGUUCUCCGCGAUUCUGACGCCAAGGCUUCGUGAGGCUGGGUCCCCCUUGUACCAAAGCUCCCGUGCGGCAGCCCAGGCCCCCUCCCUUCUCUGGUGUCCUGAGUGUGGGGUGCCCUUUCUCGAGUCGUCAGGAGACCCCAGCGGCGGCCGGUGUGCUCAUCGGCGGGCGCCGGGAGGAGAGAGCGGCGGCCCGCCCUCGGACGCGGGCCGGCCCCCCGAGGGCCGCAGGGCCGGGCGGUGCGCACCUCGCGGUGUGGACAAACGCACACGUAACACCCGGACCGAAGGAUUUCUCCGGGAGCGGGGAGGGGAGUUUGCGGUGCUGUUUCCCCUUCCAGGAGGCUAUCGAUUUUUGUGGGGCGGGGGCGUGAGGGGACGCCGGCCCGAGUCGCUAAGCGAGCGAGACCGAGAAACUCGAGAGCAGAGGGACGAGGGAGGCGGGACCGAGGCCCGCGAAACGCCCGGGAGAGGGCUGACGACGCGGCCAAGACCCCGGGGAUCGGCCCGCGGGGACCGCACGGCUCGCCCAGCCGCCGAGGAGCGCGGCAGCCUCGCGAGCCGCUGGGAUGCCCCAGCCAACUCGCCGGGCGCGCCCCGGGGCCCCCGCAAUUAUUUAAGGGGGCUGCCUUCCCCCGCCCCAAGCCCGGGGGGCCGGCGGCGUUUCCGGACGAGCGGAAGCGAAGCGAAGCCAACCGCGACAGCCUCUCGCGCACCGCACUUGUCCCCGGGCUGCGCGUCUGUCGGUCGGGCCCGGGGUGCCGUCCGUGUGUCCCGCGAGGGGCCCGCCUCCUCCGCCCGGGACCGUUCGCAGCCAAUUAGGCGCGCGUGCUAA